CAGCUAGAUAUGUCUACCAUCCUGGGAACAGGAGGGAAAUCGCCUCAAUUUACACAUACUCCUGGAUUCUUUGGCCAUCUGUCUAUGGAGGUGCUUAGCAUACUGCCAUGAAGAUGAUGUCUGUUUCCCUGUCUUCACUGGUUCAGUGAGAGUAUCCUUCAGGGUCAGGGAAAAGACCUAAUGGCAAAUCAGUGGGACCUAAUGUGUAGUGUUGGUGAUGGUAGUCAUGGUGAUGAUUAUUAGGAUGCUUGCCAUUGUGAGAUGAUGAUAGCUCCAGUCUCUGUUACUCUCAGCCGGCUUGCUACGAUGCUCAUCUGGGUAAGUUACCACAUGGUCCCCCAGAAAUAACCAAAGGGAGUGAUCGCCGUGUCCCAUCAAACUUGGAUGACAGCAAUUGGACAGCUGCACUCACACCUCAGCAUACAGGAAUGUACACAAACCUUGACUUGUCCAGUGUGGCAGAAGAUGUCACCAUGAGUGCUGUUCUCUUGCGUGAGGAUGAUCCCGGAGAAGCCGCUACUAUGAGUAUGUACUCAGAGUUUCUGCAUUCGUUUUUGAAGCACACUUCAACUACCGUUUUUGAACUUGUAGAAGAGUAUGAGAAUACUUGUAAUAACCAGGUGAAUAUACUGGGGAAAAUAGUUUACCGAGCGACUCCUGGACAGCAGAAGUUUUCAAAGACUGCCAGUGUUCUGUGGCUUCUCAAGCAAGAGAUGGUAACCUGGAGACUACUGUCCUCACUUUACAGAGAUAGAAUACAGUCUGCCCUGGAGGAUGAAACAAUGUUUGAAAUUGCGGUUCUAAAUGCUAGUGAAAAGACAGCUGUAGACAUCUUGUUUCAGAAAGACUCAUUGGUUCGACAAAGCCAGCUGGUGGUAGAUUGGUUAGAGAGCAUUGCCAAGGAUGAAAUUGGAGAUUUCUCUGACAACAUUGAAUUCUAUGCAAAAUCUGUAUAUUGGGAGAACACUCUACAUAUUUUGAAGCAGCGACAGUUCAGCACAUACAUUGGAAGUACGCGUCCCCUGGUAACUGAACUAGACCCAGAUGCCCCCAUAAGACAGAAAAUGCCACUCGAUGAUUUGGAUCGAGAAGAUGAUGCCAGGUUACUCAAGUACCUAUUCACUCUUAUCAGAGCUGGGAUGACAGAUGAGGCACAACGCCUGUGCAAACGAUGUGGUCAGGCCUGGAGAGCUGCAACUCUUGAAGGGUGGAAACUGUAUCAUGAUCCAAACGUAAAUGGAGGAACAGAGCUGGAACCAGUGGAAGGGAAUCCAUAUAGAUGCAUUUGGAAAAUCAGUUGUUGGCGAAUGGCAGAAGAUGAGCAGUUUAAUAGAUAUGAGAGAGCAAUCUACGCCGCACUCAGUGGGAACCUCAAACAGCUUCUUCCAGUUUGUGAUACCUGGGAAGAUACAGUCUGGGCGUAUUUCCGGGUCAUGGUGGAUUCGUUGGUAGAGCAGGAAAUCCGUACAUCAGUAAUGACCACAGAGGAACUGGAAGAGCUCCCUAGAGAGUAUUUAGAAACAAACUGGACUUUAGAAAAGGUUUUUGAAGAACUCCAGGCUACAGACAAAAAGAGAGUUUUAGAGGAGAACCAAGAACACUAUCAUGUGAUUCAGAAGUUCAUUAUUUUGGGAGAUGUGGAUGGCUUGAUGGAUGAAUUUAACAAAUGGCUUUACAAAGACAGAAGUGUGCUCCCUGGGCACCUCCUUCGGUUCAUGACGCAUCUUAUUCUGUUUUUCCGCACUGUGGGACUGCAGACAAAGGAGGAAGUCUCUGUUGAAAUCUUGAAGACCUACAUUCAGCGGUUGGUGAGUGAGAAGCACACAGAUCUAAUAGCAUUUUAUGUCAGCCACUUACCUCAGGAGCUAGCUGUUGCUCAAUAUGCUGUAUUUUUGGAAGAUGUCACUGAAACUGAGCAACGUCACCACUGCCUUGAACUAGCAAAGGAAGCAGGUCUGGAUGUUGCAACCAUAACAAAAACUGUUGUUGAAAACAUUCGCAAGAAAGAUACUGGCGAGUUCACUCACCAUGACCUGGCACUAGAUACAGGCACAACAGAGGAAGAUCGCUUGAAGAUUGAUGUGAUUGACUGGCUGGUGUUUGAUCCUGCACAAAGGGCUGAAGCACUUAAGCAAAGCAAUGCUAUAAUGAGGAAGUUCUUGGCAUCCAAGAAACAUGAAGCAGCAAAAGAUGUGUUUGUGAAGAUUCCACAAGAUUCCAUAGCAGAAAUAUACAAUCAGUGGGAGGAACAAGGAAUGGAUAGUCCACUUCCAGCUGAAGAUGACAAUGCUAUAAGAGAGCAUUUAUGUGUCAGAGCAUACCUGGAAGCCCAUGAAACGUUCAAUGAGUGGUUUAAACACAUGAACGCAGCUCCACAGAAGCCUACUUUGCUGCUACAAGCAAGCCUCAUUGAGGAAGUCACCCAUGAACAUAAAGAGAAGAAGUAUGAGAUGGAUUAUGGUAUUUGGAAAGGUCUUUUGGAUGCUGUAACAGCUGAUGUGAAAGAGAAAAUGUACAAUGUCUUGCUAUUUGUUGAUGGAGGAUGGAUGGUUGAUGUCAGAGAGGAUGCUGAAGAUGACCCUGAACGAACACAUCAGAUGAUCUUGUUGCGAAAACUGUGCCUGCCUAUGAUUUGCUUUCUUCUUCAUACGGUUUUACACAGCACCAGACAGUACCAGGAAUGCCUGAGACUAGCUGAUGUGGUUGCUUCAGAGCGACACAAGCUCUAUGUGGUGUUUUCUAAGGAAGAACUCAGAAAGCUGCUACAGAAGCUGAGGGAGUCUUCUCUAAUGCUUUUGGACCAGGGUCUUGAUCCUCUGGGAUAUGAAAUUCAGUCAUAGUUCUGCCAUUCUAGUUAUUGACAGGAACUUUUGAAUGGCACUAUGAAUGGGAAGUCUGGACAUCCUGUUCUGUUUGAAAAAUACAUGAACUUUUGGGGUAAUAAUGUCUUUUGUAAAAUUAAACUCAGAUUUGAAUAUCUGUAAUUGAAAAAUCCUGACUAAAUACUUGAUGCAUGUUCAUAUACAGUCUUUUUUAAAAUGUUCUUUCCAAUAAAAUUGCUUUGUAAGCAGA